AUGUCUCAACCUCAAUUCUCAGAAAACGAUCAACGUGAACUCGGUCAAUUCCUUGAAGCCGAGCAAGCCAAGGCUCGCGUUCAACAAACUGUCCACUCUUUGACCGAUAGCUGUUGGGAUAAGUGUAUCUCCAAGGUCAACAACAAGUUGGAUCGUAGCGAAGAGGCUUGUUUAGCCAACUGUGUCGAUCGUUUCCUUGACACUAGCAUGUUCAUUGUCAAGCGACUCGAAGAUUUGAGAAACACUGGCAUGUAA